AUGCCACAUGGUGAAAAUCCAGUAGAUGGUGAAUCUGAGGAGGAAGCAUGUAAACAUCGAUGCCAAGAUUUAAUAGAUAAUCCUCUCAUUGCUGCUUGGUUUUUUGAAAAGAGAUUUAAAGUAUUCUUGGAAAAGGUAUUAAUCCCUAAGUGGAAAUUGGAGGAUUGGUGGUAUAGAUUCGAAUGGCAGCACUGUGGCAGCGUUCACAUUUAUGGUAUUGGAAAACUAAAGGAUCCACCUGUAUUUGAAUGGGAAAAAGUGAAAAAUAAUGAAGAGGAAUUAAAUACAAUUAUUCAAUAUCUUAAUUCAUUAGUUACAACGAUUAAUCCAGAACUCAACGCAGCUGUACCUGAUCAGCAUCCUUGCCAAAAAAGCAGCGAAGAGUUAUGUGAUGAUAUACAUGAUUAUGUUGAGCUAAUUAACAAGCUACAGCGUCAUACACGUUGUAGUUCUUCUUAUUGUCUUCGUGUAAAUAAGGAUGGGCAACAGCAAUGUAGAUUUGGCUAUCCUAAAGAUAAUAUAGAUCAUACAUUAAUCUGUGAUAACAAUGGUCAUCCAGAACUCCUCACAGCCCGAAAUAACCCUUAUAUCAAUUCUCAUAAUCAGCUUCAACUUCAAGGUUGGCAUGCAAAUGUUGACUUGAAACCUAUUUUAAAUAUUCAUGCUGCUCUACAAUAUGUUGCUAAAUAUGCAAGUAAAUCAGAACCAUGUUCUGCAACCUUCUUAGAGAUAUUAAAUAGCAUUCUUCAUAAUAGUAACUCUUCAGAUUCCUCUCUUAGUGCUUUUCAGCGAUUAUUGCUCUAUACAGUUGCAGAACGUGACAUAUCUGCACAGGAAACAUGUCAUCUACUUCUUGGAAUUCCACUUUAUCAUUCUAGUCGUCGCUUUGUUACAUUAAAUCUUAACAAGGAAUCACUACGAUGGCUUUGUGGUACUGGAAAUGAGAAUUUCGGUACAACAAGCCAAGUUGGACAAACUGAUCAAUCUCCCUUACAAAGAUAUUGA